CUAUCUCUCGUCUCUGUCUCACUAUUUAUUUCAUUUCUCAUUCAUUGUACGAAUGAAUCAAUAUAACUUUAGAAUUGAUACUUGUUUAAAAGAAUCAAAUUGUUUAUUUAUCAUUUAGAAAAGAUGAAUAUAGAGAAUAAGUAAGAUUGAGAUAUAUAUAAAUUUAUAUACAUGCUAAGAGAGAAAGAAAAGGAAAGGAUAAAACAUUGAAGAAAAUCAAGGUAAUUUCCAGUUGUAAUAUUAAUUUUUGUACUUAAUAUGAAAAUAACCUAAUGAAACAGCUGAAAAAAUAUUAAAUAAAACUUGUAGGUAUAUAGUGUUUAAUAUUGUUCACAGACUGAAUUUUAUUAUUAAUUUAAUAUCGAAAAAGGCAAAGUGAUCUUCGAAGAUAAUUUCUGUUUACUGAAAAAGCCGAUUGUUUUGAGAAUACCUUUGAUUGUAUUACUUUAAUUUAUAUAUUUAUAAAACGUAUCAAUUUAAUUGCUACGGAGAGAAGAAUCAAUUGCAUAAAAAAAAGGGGAGGACAAUGUCUUAUUUGAAAAAAUUUCUGUUGCGAAUAAAUUCGACUCACUCUGGUAUAAAGUAUCAGAAAUUGGAGAAGCAUCUUGAUAUACCACUGAUGUCCGGUCAGAGAUAUAAACGAACGAAUUUCGAAGACGACGAAGCUUCAUCGCCAGCAGGUACUCCCCCAGGAAUUACCUACGACCCCUCUGUUGCUUUCAAAGUGGGCGCAUCUUUCUGGCAAAAAAGAACAAAUCUAGAGAAACUAUUAGCUGUGGCCCUUGUCAUUUGGUCGAUUACAAUGUUAGUUCUUUUUAUAAUGGUCGUCUCAAGGACGUCUGUCGCAGCUCCUACACCAAACGAGAAAGUUUGCAUGAGCAAAUCUUGCGUGACAACUUCAUCUUCAAUUUUGAAAGCGUUGGAUGUAAAGUAAGGAUGAAGUCUUAGAAAAUCAUAAAGCACAAUUUUUUUUAUUUCUCUUAUCAGAGAAUAUCUUCAAACAGAGUUUUAUUCAAUAGGCCAUUUAUUAUUGAAUAGACAAGAAUAUAAGACUUCAUCCUUACUUUAAAAUGAAUAAAUAAAUAGCGCCGAUCCCUGCACAGAUUUUUUUCAGUAUUCUUGUGGAGGUUGGCUCAGUUCUCAUUCAAUCCCUAGCGGUUUACGAAGAUGGGGAACGUUUAACGAAAUAUCUUAUCGGAAUCACCUAGUGGUAAAGAAAGUGUUGGAACAGCACGCCAAUAAAACUUUUGAAAAUAAAGCAGAAGAGAAGGCCAGAAAAUUUUAUGAGUCGUGCUUAGACGGCUCGAAAACGAUAGAGAGAUUAGGAGCGAAACCUCUGCUUGCUCUAAUCGAAAAACUCGGAGGUUGGAGUGUGUCUGAUAAGGAUUUUGACAUUUCAACAUUCGAUUUUCAGGAUAUGAUGGAGAAAUUGUCGGCACAUAGCGAAAUGCCUUUAUUCUCUUUCUGGAUUGGUGAGGAUGAGAAAGAUUCAUCAAGACAUGUAUUCCAAUUGAGUCAAGGAGGUUUGCAAUUAAAUAGGGAUCAGCUAUUAAACGGAACAGAACCUAGGGAUAUAAAUAGUAACGAUAUACUGAUGGCUUUUGUUAACUAUUUGACGGAAUUAAGUGUACUAUUAGGAGGGGAGAGGAACUCUUCCCGCGAAAUGGUCAUUGAUAUUGUAAAAUUCCAGCAAGAGAUAGCAAAAUUUACCCAACCGGAAGAAGAGAGAAGAAAUGAUCUCGAGUUGUAUCAUUUAUAUACGUUUGACAAAUUACAAAAAGAGUUCCCAUUUAUGGAUUGGGUGCAGUUUGUUAAUAACCAAUUUAAAUUCCAUAAAAUUAAUAAAGUUAUUAAUAAGAAUGAACCUGCUGUUGUACACGCUGUCGAAUUCCUUCGAAAUAUGACGAAUUUGCUCAAAGAAACCCAAAAGACUAAAGAAGGAAAAAUAACUGUACACAAUUAUUUAAUGUGGUCAGUCGUUCAAACGAUGAGCUCUACACUAUCAAAGCCAUUCAGAGAUGCUAGAAAGCAAUUUGCUGAAAUAAUGACCGGAAGUGAGGGCCAUAGAGAAAGGUGGCGUCGCUGUUUAACCGAUACUGAGGGAAGCGUCGGAUUUGCUCUUGGACGAAUAUUUGUUGAUGCGGCUUUCUUUGGAGAGAGUAAGAAAGAAGCUAGAGUUAUGAUUGGUAAUAUAAAGGAUGCGUUCAUUAAUAACCUGCAGAAUUUGAAAUGGAUGACCUCUGAAACCAAGAAAAGGGCAAAGAGAAAAGCAUCAACCGUUUACGAUAUGAUCGGUUAUCCAGCUUACAUAAGAAAUAAAACUGAAUUGGAGGCAAAAUAUAAAGAUUUACAUGUUACCAAUGAUGCAUAUUUUAAUAAUACACUUAGUUCAAUGCUCUUUUCAAAGAGGAAAGAACUACUUAAAUUAAGGAAAAAACCAGAUCGAAAAGAAUGGAAUAUGACUCCUCAAACAGUUAACGCAUAUUAUCAACCAACUAAAAAUCAAAUUGUUUUUCCCGCUGGUAUAUUGCAAACGCCAUUUUACGAUGCUCAUCACCCAAAAUCCCUCAACUACGGUGGAAUUGGUGUCGUCUUAGGACACGAAUUAACGCACGGUUUCGACGAUCAAGGUCGAAAAUACAAUGAGACAGGCAUGCUUAGUGACUGGUGGAAUAAGGAAGAUGAUGAGAAGUUUAAGAAAAAAGCCGAAUGCAUGGUUAAGCAAUAUAAUAAUUACACUUUAAAUGGUAAGUCAGUUAGAGGCAGGCAAACGUUAGGAGAGAAUAUCGCUGAUAAUGGAGGUCUAAAAGCGGCCUUUACAUCUUAUCAAAAAUGGGUCAAGGAAAAUGGAGAAGAAAUAAAGUUACCUGGCCUCCUCAAUUACACGCAUGAGCAACUCUUUUUCAUCUCUUUUGCGCAAGUGUGGUGUUCUAUGGAAACACCUAAAGCUGCUGAUUUGUCUCUAAUAACCGAUCCUCAUACACCUGACAAAUAUAGAGUUAUCGGCACGUUGUCAAAUUCAAAAGAGUUUUCAGAGCAUUUCUCCUGUCCUUUAGGAUCACCAAUGAAUCCAAAACAUAAAUGCAUUGUUUGGUAGAAGAAAGCAAAAAAAAAAGAAAAAUGGAAAAGAAGGGAAGAAUAUUAUCUAAUAAAAAAUCCCUCAAUAAUUUAUAAUAGGAAUUUCUUCCUUCCUUUUCUUCUUUUUUGCGGUUGUUUUACUACUCAUCUUUUCUUUUUUCUGUUCCUUUAUUGAAAAAAAAACGUAUUACUAAUAUUGUCGUUUUUAUAUUUUAUUUUAAAAGACAUUCUAUCAGCGUGUUUUUGCCAUUUUAUCAUUGUUGAGAAAUUUUUCAUAUCAAAAAUAACAAAAACAAACAUACCGUAUACAAACACUAUGACUAUGGACAUUAUUUCGUAAUUUAUAUAGUAAAUAUAACUAUGAAAUAUGUUGAAUGGAAGAGAAACCUUAAACCAAAAAUAAGGACAAGAGUUUCUCUUAUCAUGAAUAAAACUGCUAUUAUAUGAAUAAAGGAACAAUAAAAAUUAUUAUACCUAAAAA